UUUUUCUUUAGUCUGGUCACGUGCCAAAGCUUGAUGGUAGGGUUUAUGAAUGCCAAAGCUUGAUGGUAGGGUUUAUGAAGGGUUAGGGUUUUGGAGAAUUUGGCACUAAAUUUGCGUUUUCAAGUUUCAACUUUCUAAUGCCCCUAUUGGACGGUUUACGGGUCAUAGAUUAGGCGGCUAGGGUUUUGAAACCAACUCGACUCUUCUGCGCCUCAAUGCUUCUCCGUCUUUAGGGUUUACAAUUUGUAUAUAAUACUAAAAACCCUGAUAAACCCGUGUUACUUUCCUAAGUCCCAAACUCAAUCUGGGUUUGUUCAAUUUUCCUCUGCGAAAUCCUGUUUAAGCCCAACACUUACAUUUGGUAUUCUUGAUUAUUCUCCCACUGCGCUUCGAGAGACCCAUCAUUGAGGUUUGUUGAUCGACCAUUGCUCUUUUUCUAGUUCAAUCUUCGUUGGAGUUUUCUUGAAACAUUUCCUGUUUUUUUUUUUUUUUGGUUUUCUUCCGACCUAUUCAUCUGUAGUCAUAGUCUUAACCAAAAUUAUACAAUUGGUUUCAGUCUCAAGGCCUCUAAUCCACUAGACAUGAGUUUUCCAGAUCCUCCGCCGCCGUUUUUCCCACUGCCGUUUGCAGGCGGUGAAGGGGUUGGUUUUUGGCCUCAAUUUCCAAUGAAUAACGAACAAAAUCACUCGCACUCGCAAUUCGAUUACCCUUCUCCUCAUAAGAGGCCCAAAAAUUCAGAUGAUAACGCAGCGAAUUCGAUGACUUACCCUCCCGUGAAUCCAAGAACACACCUUUCAAACCCACCUGUCAAUAAAGGAACGACCAACAUCUUUUUCAAGACACGAAUGUGCUCCAAAUUCAUAAUUGGCACCUGUCGAAAUGGGGAGAAUUGCAAAUUUGCUCAUGGUGAUGAAGAUAUGCGAAAACCCCCGGACAAUUGGCAAGAACUUGUAUCUGGGCGAUCAGAGGAUCGAGGCACUGGGAAUUGGGAUGACGAUCAGAGAAUAAUCCAUCGGAUGAAGCUGUGCAAGAAGUUCUAUAAUGGGGAAGAGUGCCCAUAUGGGGACAGGUGCAAUUUUCUUCAUGAAGAUCCAUCGAAGUUCAGGAAUGAUGCGGGAAGAUUCAGAGAGAGCUCAGCGAUUAGCAUUGGAACUACUGGACCUCCAGUUGUCACUGAGUGUGGGUCUGAUCAACCGGAAGUUAACAAGCCUGUGACUGGGGGUUUAGAUGCUUUCCGAGUGAAUACGAAGCCCGUGUAUUGGAAAACAAAGCUAUGUACUAAGUUUGAGACUACAGGUCAAUGCCCCUUUGGUGAGAAAUGUCACUUUGCUCAUGGGCAAGCAGAGUUACAAAUGUCUGGUGGGCGUGCUCAAGGUGAAACAGGGAGUGCAAGCUCCAUUUCUGCAAAGCCGAUACCUCUUCCCAUCAUUGAUAUAUCUCCUGCAAAUACCGGGACUGAGGUGUUCAUAAAGGAAGAAGAGCAGGGUAAAAAGUGCUUCGCGAAGUUCAAAGGACCUAAAAAGAUUAACCGCAUAUAUGCUGAUUGGCUUGAUGAUCUGCCUCUAGUGCACAGUUUUCCGAGUAAAUUGGAGACCUGAGUUAGCAGUUCCUAGCCUGAAGUUUUGACACCACCAUUUUCAAUUGGAUUACAUAAUGAUUACGAGUUUGAUAGGCAUAGCUCAGGAAUUUUCUCUUUGAAGUUGUUUUGAUUUGUUCAAGGGCUUGGAAAACAGAAGAACACAUCUUUUUUUCCAUUUUCUUCUACCUUUGUCAGUGAUGGCUGUUGAUAAUUGAUACAACCAACAGGUCUUCAAUUCUUUCCCCUUCCUUUUCAUUCCCCUCCUCUUUGCAACCUUUCUUCAUAGUUCUUUAGUUAGGGUUUAGUUUUAUUAAAAUUGUAAGGUUUUCCAUUUGACAUUUACUGCUGUAAGUAGCUAUGGAUAUUGUUGGAUCUUGUAAUAUUGGAGUGCCAUGAUUCUCCAAUAGCUGGCGUGACAGCUAAAUCAAUAUCAGUAUCUUGCUGAAAAACCAAGCAUUGCGAAGAGGGUGUGUUUGGUAUUGUGAAAUGGGCUCAUGUUGGGCUUCAAAGUGUAAACGCCAUCCAUGUGUUUAAAAAUUGUUAUUAUUUGUGUU